AUGACCAACAUGCAGCACUAUUUGGAUGACAUCCAGGAUUUACUGGACGGUCUAAACGAAGAGAUGGCAAAACGUCUCCAUCGAAUAUCGAAAUGGGACGAUCAAUAUCUGGAGAAAUCUUCUCGAACGAAACAACUUGAAGACGUGAUAUUCGAUGCGACGAAAUCAAUGGAUGAGAGGAAAGAAGCAGUGUGUCAGCUGGCUGGAUUAAGGGAUGAUAUUCGAGAGAUUGCCGAGAAAAAGACGAAUUUGGCAGAGAAAAAUCAUGAAACUCUGACAAAAGUGGUCGAUAAGAUAAGCGAAUUGGCGUAUCACUGCAAAUGUGAAAUUGAAAUCGAUAAUCCUGGGAGCACUGAGCAACGCGAGCGGCAGUUCUAUCGAUCAUUGAGUUUUGCUGCAGAUUUGAUCUCGGAAUAUCAUGGAUCUGGAGCUCUGACAGCACAGAAUCUCAUGGAUUCAUUGCCACCGAGAAAUGGGGGAAAACGAGAGGCUUCUGUGCUCACUGAUGAUGAUAGAACGUCGACGAGAAGUGUCACACCGUUUGGUGGGGCGAGACAGAACAAAAAGCGUCCCGGUCGCCCCCGUAACACCUUCAAAAUGUCGCAUUUCGAGAAGAUUCCGGAGACAUCGAAUGCCUCGAGUUGUCGUUCCUCUGUUGAUCCAGAUGUCGUUCACGCGCGUGCAUUUAUUGCUGAAAAUGCUCAAAAGAAGAAGAAAUUGUCGAAAUAUAUGCGGAAAAAGCAAGAGAAGUUGAGAAAAGCUGAGGAAGACGCUCGGAGAAUCAAGAAUUUCGAAGUUAAGAAAGAAGUGGACACGGGUGACUACGAAGACUUUGCACUCUCCCAAUGGGGUGACGAUAUGCCUUCGAGUCGAAAUACGGGAGAAGGAGCAUCCGCAUCCUCCGCCCUUAUAGAUGUAUGCGAAGAAGACGACGAACAAGAACUACUCGAUUGUCUCAUCGGAGAUUUCGCUGAUUUGCCGUCGCCACCGAAAGGAAUUAUGGAGGCAUUGGAUGUGACUGAAUCUGGAUUGUACUCGAUGGAUAUGUACCCUCCCGGCCAUAAAUCUCAACAGAAUACACCUGAAAAAACGCAGAAAAAGGCGUCUGGAGAGUUCCGUCAUCCUGGAAAUUCGAUGAGACGGAUGGGAGGUGGUGCAGAUGGACCGUCUAGCAGCAAUGGUCACGGUUUUAACCUGAAGAGAGCUAACAAUGGAUCAUCGAUAGCGACGAUGGCAUCAGAAUCCACCACAGCGUCCGCCUCCCUCUUCAGCGACCCAAUACGCCCGCACCACCAUCAGCAGAAUCAGCGAGUUCUAUUCGGCACGAUAGCUGAUACAAGUUUCAGUGGAAGACCAAGAAAACUAACCGACCGCGUCACUGAAAUGAUUCAAUCGAAUCGUGAAAGAAGUCAAAAAAGCAGAACGAGUCGUGACGAGGCGGUCGACGAUGAGUGGUGUAUAUGUAAUGGAGCGAAUACAAAUUCGGACAUGAUGGUGGAAUGCGAGAAUCCGAAUUGUCUAAAGCAAUGGUUUCACUUCGAUUGUGUCGGUCUCUCCUCUCCACCGGACGACGAAUGGUUCUGUCCGGAUUGUAGUCCACUUCCUACAUUUAUACACCAUUCUUCGUCUUCUCGUCGUCACGACUGA